AUGCCCGUAACAGCCGCCCUCCCCGCCGCCCCCGCCUCAACCUCCACCGACUCUCACAUCCGCAAAGACAGGCAUUGCUGUUCGUUGUUUUCCGGGAGCAAGUUUACGGGCGAACAGAAGAGUGGGAAAAAUAGUUAUGAGGUGGCUGUGGAUAUUCAGCACGUAGAUCUACGCAGCUCCUUUUUAUGCGGAUACCUAAGCAUCAAAGGCCUGACGGACGACUGGCCAGAUCUGUGCACGUUCUUUGAAGGGGAGAUCAUUGGGCCGAAAUACAGCUUUCUGACGCGGAAAUGGGAGGCGGAUGAGCACAUUGAUCGGCAGCAUUGGACAAAGUUUCCCGCCUUCAAAGAAUACGAGAACAUCUUUAACCGCGAUGGCUUCGCAUACGAUUUCGAAAACAGCGAUUUUAUCUUCAUGCGUUGGAAGGAACUCUUCCUAGUCCCCGACUACCGCAUCAAAGCGAUCAGCGGCGCCUCCUUCGCCGGUUUCUACUACAUCGUGUACCAGAAAUCGACGGGGCAGAUUACCGGAUUGUAUUUCCAUCACAAUUCGGAGUGGUUCCAGCAUUUGAGUUUGGAGCACGUGCCGAGUACCGCUUUUGGGGCUUUUGAGUUUCGGUAG